CACACACACACUCAUUUUUUUUUUGAACUCGAAAGGCGACGCACAGAGAAAGAGCGAGCGAGAGACAUAGGCAAAUUCCUCUGUGUGGCUUCGGCACUCUUUGCGGAUUUUUUUUUGUCCAAAUCGAGUAGGGAAGAAUGAAUCGGCGAGACGAUCCGAACCCCUUCGAUGAAGAAGAGGUCAAUCCAUUCGCGAAAGGUGCUGCACCUGCUUCAAAGUCACGCCUUACUUCACUGAUACCUGAAUCCUUGGGUUUUGGCCACAAACAUGAUGCAACAGUGGACAUACCACUAGAUACAACAAAUGAUAUCAAGAAAAGACAGAAAGAGAUUGCAGCCUGGGAAGCAGAUUUGAAAAGGAGGGAACAGGACAUAAAACGGAGAGAAGAUGCUGUUGCCAGAGCUGGCGUUCCUACAGAUGAUAGAAACUGGCCCCCGUUCUUUCCUAUUAUUCAUCAUGACAUAGCAAAUGAAAUACCAAUUCAUGCUCAAAGAUUGCAGUAUCUGGCUUUUGCAAGUUGGUUAGGUAUAGUUCUUUGUCUUGUAUUCAAUGUUCUUGCAAUUGUUGUCUGUUGGAUUAAAGGCGGAGGUGUCAAAAUCUUUUUCCUUGCAACAAUCUAUGCUCUGCUUGGAUGUCCUCUUUCAUAUGUCCUGUGGUACAGGCCUCUAUAUCGUGCAAUGAGGACAGAUAGCGCCCUGAAGUUUAGUUGGUUUUUCCUAUUCUAUUUGCUCCAUAUUGGUUUUUGUAUAUUUGCUGCAAUAGCCCCUCCAAUUGUCUUCCAUGGAAAAUCAUUAACGGGUAUCCUUGCUGCAAUUGAUGUCUUCUCAGACCAUGUAUUUGUGGGGAUAUUCUACUUGAUUGGCUUUGGGUUCUUCUGUUUAGAGUCUCUUCUAAGCUUGUGGGUACUUCAGAAAGUUUACAUGUACUUCAGAGGGCACAAGUGAAACCUGAUGCUGCGAUCCACGAACACAUGAAAGUUUCAGUGUUGCUGCUGCUGCUACUGCUUGUGGUUUCCUGGCAUGUUUUUUUCCCCUUGUUUGUUUUUUGGUUCUUUGAUGAACAUGGAUAUUGGCAAAUGGUGCACGAGUGGCAUGUUUUAAUGGGUAGGCUAUAUUUUUUGUGGGUCAUUUGUUCUUUUAAGCAUCCAUCUAUGUAUAAGAACUUGUUUCUCUUAUGGGUUUAUCUUGUACAAUUCAUUUACUAAGCAUUUAGCGCA